AUGUCCACAAACAGUUCUAUACAGUCAGUGUCUCCUGCAUCUGAGCUCCUUUCAAAUACAACUUGCCAACUGGAAGAAGACCUUUCAAUAUCUUUUUCAAUAAUCUUCAUGACAGUGGGAAUCUUAUCGAACAGCCUUGCCAUUGCUAUUCUCAUGAAGGCAUACCAGAGAUUUAGACAGAAGUACAAGUCAUCGUUUUUGCUUUUGGCUAGUGCUCUAGUAAUCACAGAUUUCUUUGGGCACCUCAUCAAUGGAACUAUAGCCGUCUUUGUGUAUGCUUCUGAUAAAGACUGGAUCUACUUUGACAAGUCAAAUAUCCUUUGCAGUAUUUUUGGUAUCUGCAUGGUGUUCUCUGGUCUGUGCCCACUUUUUCUAGGCAGUUUGAUGGCCAUUGAGCGAUGUAUUGGAGUCACCAAACCAAUAUUUCACUCUACAAAAAUUACAACCAAACAUGUUAAAAUGAUGUUGAGUGGGGUGUGCUUUUUUGCUAUUUUUGUAGCUUUGCUGCCCAUCCUUGGGCAUCGUGACUAUAAAAUUCAAGCUUCAAGGACCUGGUGUUUCUACAAAACAGAUCAAAUCAAAGACUGGGAAGAUAGGUUUUAUCUUUUACUUUUUGCUUUUCUGGGGCUCCUAGCCCUUGGUGUUUCAUUUGUUUGCAAUGCCAUCACGGGAAUUUCACUUUUGAAAGUUAAAUUUAGAAGUCAGCAGCACAGACAAGGCAGGUCUCAUCACUUUGAAAUGGUCAUCCAGCUUCUGGGUAUAAUGUGUGUUUCCUGCGUUUGUUGGAGUCCAUUUCUGGUGACAAUGGCCAGCAUUGGAAUGAAUAUACAAGAUUUUAAGGAUUCCUGUGAAAGAACCCUUUUUACUCUUCGAAUGGCAACGUGGAAUCAAAUCUUAGAUCCUUGGGUGUAUAUUCUUCUCCGGAAGGCUGUCCUUAGAAAUCUCUAUGUGUGUACCAGACGCUGUUGUGGAGUACAUGUCAUCAGCUUGCAUGUUUGGGAGCUUAGCUCCAUUAAAAAUUCCUUAAAGGUUGCUGCUAUUUCUGAUUUACCAGUUACAGAGAAAAAGCAGUUUUCUUUACAUCAGAAAGUGAAGUCAUCUGGUGAGAAUGACAUAUACAGAACAAUGGCAGUGACAACCCGAUUGACAUGGAAUGAGGAAAGAAGUUUCCAAAAGCUGCUUGGAAAUGUUUCUUUGAGACUUCUUUAUAAGUCUAGUGUCCAUGGAAAUGACAUUGCAGAAAUGCAGAAUAGGUGCAGAUGUCAAGGAUCCACUCUAACAGUGAUUUAUCAUUCCGACAAUAUUUUUGGUAUCUUUAUGCUUGGGCAUGGUUCUGAAAUGUCUAAAAGUUUUAUAGAGCCGAAUGCAUCCUUCUUUUUUUCACUUCAAAAGGAUGAAACAAUGGAAAUGAAAUCUGUAUUUUUAAAUUCAACAGUGACAAGUAAUUUUAAGAGCCUGAUAUUUAAUUUCUCUAGUUAUGACAAUAAGUAUUUAUCUCUAAAUUUCAGCAACAGAUGCAUUAAUAUACCUAGAUUUUUAAAGGAAAAAUUAAGAGCAAAAUCUGACUCAGACUCCCCAUAUUUAGAAUGUGAAGUUUUUCGAGUUGAAGGAAUUAAGAAUGAGACAGGCUACAUAAACAGGAUAACAAGAGCCACACAGCACAGAAAUAGUCUCCUAUUUCUGGACGUCAGAGCCUCCAGUCCCUAUGCAGACUUGGUUUCAGAAAUCCAUAUUCUCUUGCUGGGUCCAGUUGGCAUUACUGAACAGUAUAGGAUAUAUUCUAUUAAAGAUGGAAAAAAUGGCCAAUCUCUGCCAUUUAGGUUGUGUGACUCCAUGGGGCUGGAUGAGAAUGAGGGAGUAGGCUUAUGUGUGGAUGACAUACCCCACAUCUUAAAAGGGUGUGUGCCAGACAGAUAUAAGUUUAGUCCCCAUAAACCAAUUACACCCAAGCAUCCUACUUCCAUCACCUCUCCAUCACUGAAAGACAGGAUUCACUGUGUAGCUUUUGUCUUUGAUAUCAACUCUAUGGACAAUCUCUCCUAUAAAAUGAUGGCAAAGUUCAAGCAAAUUCAAAAAGAAGUAAUAAACUGCGGUGUAGCACAAGUAGCAUUACUUACUAAAGUGAAAAAUUGCAAUGAAGUUCUUCAAGACAACUUCUUAAAGAUGAAUAAGGCUAUGAUUUCUCAAAGCCAGAUACAGAAUGUCAACAGGAGACUAGGCAUUCCUCUUUCUAGAAUACUAGUGGUUGAAAAUUAUGCUUCAGAGAGGGAGAUGGGCCCUUUAAAGGACAUUCUGAUCCUCUCUGCACUGAAGCAGAUGUUCCGGGCUGCAGAUGACUUCUUAGAGGAUUUGCCUCUUGAGUAA